CGUAUCCUCUAUUGUAUAUCUAAAUACAACAACACACUAACUCGUUUCCCAACACAACCGAUAGAGUUACUACACAUCACACAUCGUUACAAUACACCAGCAUUACACAACACUCCAUUGUUAGACUAUAAACCAUAGAACUACAAACUGUGUAUAUUUACACAGCACACAGUCUAUACACAGCUCUUAUGACACACACACAUCACUGCAGUAUAUGUGUAGAAGCAGUGUGUGUGUGUGUGUGUGUGCAGCAGACUACAGCAGCAGAAACAACAGCAGCAGUAGUUACAGCCUGAGAUCCACAUCUCUACUACCACACACACACACAGAGUGACACACCACUAGACACUCCCUCACACACUGCCACACUGAUUAUGGAUGAGACAAUGGAGGGCCAUUUCCAACGGAAGGGACCAAAACACUGAAGCCCAACUCUGUUCUCACCAAAAUGGGAUGACUUUAAGUUAUUAACUUGAAGAAAUCCUGUCUUUUAAUUUGGAUGUUGAAGAAUUCCUACUUUUGAUAAGCUCACGAGAUAUGAUUUAACAUUCUGUGAUGGAAGUAGGCUGUGUGUGGAAUACAUACUUACUUGCAAAUGUCCUCAAUCUAUUACUACACAGUUGUGUCUGUGUAGAUCUGAGCUAUCAUGUAGAAGAAGAAAGCAGUCCCUUUACUUUUGUUGGGGAUAUUGCUGCUGACACACAGAUGGAAGAAACGGACUCUCUUGUGGGAAAUAACUUCAUCACAUACAACCAAAUGCAACAGCAAUGGACAGAGAAUUCACAUUUAUUCAAUGUCACACAAGAUGGUAAAUUGUACACGGCUCAAACAUUGGAUGCUGAGAAACUGUGUACAUACGAAUCAGAAUGUGUUAGAUACAUCAAAGUUGCUGUACAUAGAAGGAAGACAUUUUUGAAAGUUAUUAAAAUUAAAGUAAUUAUAGAAGACAUUAAUGAUCACAGCCCUGAGUUUCCUCAAAAAGAAAUAAAUAUGACAUUUGAUGAGCGUGAUGGAGAAGGUGCUGAAGAAUUAAUUCCAGAUGCCUUUGACAAAGAUGUUGGAAUGGAAAACUCUGAAAUUACAUAUAAAUUAAAGAAACAAUUUAGCGAUCCAUUUAUAUUGUCUGUGAGGAAAACUAUCACUGGAGGGGCAAAGAUAGGAAUUAUUCUUGGAGACAAACUAGACAGAGAAAUACAAGAUAGUUACAAUCUAGAAGUGAUAGCUAAUGAUGGAGGACAACCUUCGAAACAAGGAAUUUUACAUGUUCAUAUAAAAAUAAUUGAUGUGAAUGAUAACUCACCAGUUUUUUCACAACAUAUUUACAAUAUUUCCAUCAAAAAUACACAUCCUAACAACAACCCUAUUUUGACAUUGUCUGCAAAAGACCCAGAUUCUGGCAAUAAUGGUAAAGUGUCUUAUUUUUUUAGUUCAAAAACACCAGAACGCACAAGACAGUAUUUCAGACUGAACCAACAAACUGGGGAAUUAUUUGUAGAAAAACCAUUAACAUCACAAACAAAGAAUAUUCUCAAGAUGUAUGUGGAGGCGAAAGAUGGUGGGAAUCCUUCUUUAAAUUCCUUUGCCAUUGUACGGAUCGAAAGAGUGUGCGUGUAGAGAAAGAG